AUGUGGUACGUCAGCACCAGGGGGAUGGCCCCCCACGUCGACUUUGAGGGUGCCCUCUUCUCUGGCUAUGCGCCCGAUGGGGGCCUCUUCAUGCCUGAGGAGCUCCCGCAGCUGGGCAGGGAGACCCUGCGUCAGUGGAGUGUGCUCUCCUACCCAAGCCUGGUCGUGGAGCUGUGUGCUCUUUUCAUUGGCCCAGAGCUCAUCCCAAGAGAUGACUUAAAUGAUCUGAUCCAGCGGGCCUUCCGCAGGUUCCGCCACAGAGAAGUGGUCCAUCUUUCCAGGCUGCGGGAUGGGCUGAACGUGUUGGAGCUGUGGCAUGGAGCCACAUAUGCGUUUAAGGACCUAUCCCUGAGCUGCACGGCACAGUUCCUGCAGUACUUCCUGCAGAAGAGGGGGAAGCACGUCACUGUGGUUGUAGGAACUUCUGGAGACACAGGGAGUGCUGCCAUUGAGAGUGUUCGAGAAGCAAAGAACGUGGGCAUUAUUGUUCUCCUGCCCCAGGGUCACUGCACAAAGAUCCAGGAGCGGCAGAUGACCACCGUGCUGGAGGAGAACGUCCAUGUGUUUGGAGGGGAGUUGGAGGGAAACAGCGAUGAGCUUGAUGAACCUAUCAAGGCUGUGUUUGCUGAUGUGGCUUUUGUUAAGAAGCACAAUCUGAUGAGUCUGAAUUCAAUCAACUGGUCCCGGGUCCUCGUGCAAAUGGCUCACCACUUCUUUGCUUACUUCCAGUGCGUGCCAUCCUUAGAUAUGCACCCGCUCCCCACUGUGGAGGUGGUUGUGCCUACAGGGGCUGCUGGUAACCUUGCAGCUGGGUGCAUCGCUCAGAAGAUGGGCCUGCCCAUCCACCUGGUCGCAGCAGUGAACUGCAAUGAUAUCAUUCAUAGGACUGUUCAGCAAGGAGACUUCUCUCUGUCUGAGGCUGUCAAGCCAACCUUUGCAUCAGCUAUGGACAUCCAGGUGCCCUACAACAUGGAGCGGAUUUUCUGGCUGCUCUCUGGCUCUGACUGCCAGAUGACAAGAGGCCUCAUGGAGCAGUUUGAAAGGACCCAGAAUGUGAGGCUGCCUGAGAAACUGCAAAGCAAGCUUUCAGCGGCGGUGACAUCUGAGUCAGUGUCAGACGAGACCAUCCUGCAGACCAUGGCCCGCUGCUGGGAAGAGAACCAGUCCUUGCUGUGCCCUCACACGGCCGUGGCCGUGAGCUACCAUUACCAGCAGAUGCUCAGGCAGACCCCCAGCCCUCCCCGGUGUUGUCUGGCCCCUGCCUCUGCAGCCAAGUUUCCAGAAGCUGUCGUGGCUGCUGGACUGAGCCCAGAAACUCCGGCGGAGAUCCUAGCCCUGGAGGGAAAGGAGACGCGCUGCACCCCGAUGCGGAAGAGUGACGACUGGACUGUGAUGCUCCGGGACACAAUUGAGGACAUGGGUCGGCGGUGGAGGGCCACGUCCUGA